CCCUCCCUACCUAUUCUUCUAGCAGACAUGUCAAGUUGUCAUUGUGUUGAGAAUCCACCCAACUUGAACUCAGGUUUCAAUGGAGUUGGGACUGUCCUUCAACUUGGAGGACUUCAAUCCUAUGUCACUGGCCCCCUUCAUUCCAAAUUGGCACUCAUCCUAAUUUCUGAUGUCUUUGGGUACGAAGCACCAAAUCUAAGGAAACUUGCAGAUAAAGUAUCAACAUCUGGAUUCUUGGUUGUUGUUCCUGAUCUUCUAUAUGGUGACUACUUUGAUAUUGAUAAUCCACAAUUUGACCGAGCUGCAUGGUUAAAUGCUCAUGGAAUGGAUAAAGGAAGUGAAGAUACCAAACCUUUAAUAGCUGCUCUAAGGAGUAAAGGUGUUACAUCCAUAGGAGCUGCAGGUUUCUGUUGGGGAGGUGUUGUGGUUGCAAAAUUAGCAGUCCCCAGUGACAUUAUUCAGGCUGCAGUUAUUUUACAUCCUGGUCCAAUCUUAGAUAAAGAAUUUAAUGAUAUUAAGGUUCCUAUUGCUCUAUUGGGAGCAGAAAUUGAUGAUUUUUUCCCAAAAGAAAAGUUGAAGCAAGCUGAAGAAUUGUUGUCUGCAAAAUCAGAGAUAGAAAGCCUUGUGAAGUUGUACCCUGGCGUUACUCAUGGUUGGUCAGUGAGGUACAAUGUUGAAGAUGAAGUUGCAGUUAAGAAUGCAGAAGAAGCUCAUGAGGACAUGUUGAAUUGGUUUAUCAAGUAUGUCAAUUGAAUACCAAUAAUCAUGUAUACAUAGAAAUAAACGCACAGAAAUGAUAAAUGUAUUUCCUUAAUUCAAUAAAUAAAAUAUGAGAUGGAUUUUGUAUUGGUAUAUUUAUGUAAAGGUCGUAGGAGGCGAUGUGAGGUUCUCAUUAUUCUUUUUAUCAGAUCAAUUUCUAUUUAUUAUAUGUGUCGCCCUUAUAUUAGAUAUUCCUCCUUCUUCAAGGAUAAGUCAUCCGACGUGAGAAUUGGGGAGUGAUGUGUCCUCAUCCUAUAAUGGCAUGGAAGAAGUCAAGGGGAAAAUGGGUCACACUUCUCGGAGUACCAGGAGAUAAACUAUUCAUUCCCUAAGUGGUUGUUAUUUUCAAGGAUGUCUUGGAUCCACACCCAAUGUGCCUAUAAAUUCCUCAACAUCACAAUUGAGAAGGAUAGCCUAACUACAACACAAAAAUGCAUGCAUACAAAACUUCUCACCCCAUGUGAGCUAGCUCUCAACCUCACAAUAAACCUUAAAUUCUUUGACAACUCUUAACCACUAGAGGUUGUCAUGCAUUUGAAAAUUUAGCAAGUACAAUUGGUGUCCAUCAUAGGGUUCAUGCAUACAAAACUUCUCACCCCAUGUGAGCUAGCUCUCAA